CUGCCAAGAAGCUCUGCGGCAGAAUGUCAUAUUGGGCAGUGGGUGCCAUGAGGACGAGCUCCCCCGCUACUGGACUUCUCCUCCUCCUCCUCCAUCUCCUCCUCCUCCUCCUCCUCCUCCAUCACCUCCUCCUCCUCCUCCUCCUCGUCCUCCUCCUCUCUUUGGUCUCUGAGGAGCAGACGCGCAGAGAGCAAAGUCCCUAAUGAAGAACCCAGAUGAGUGGAAACCAGUAGGACUUUAAGGAGACCGGACCGACCCGGACCUCCCGCGGCCCCCCUUUUGCAUCUCAGGUUCCUGCAGUUAGUCCGGUGCGUAACCCCCCCCCCCCCCCCUCUCCGUCCUCCCGUCCCCUGCAUGACUUUCUCCCCAUCGGCACCGCCAUGGACGUGUUCAGGAGCCGCUUCCUGGGGAUCGGCGUGGCCGUGGCGCACGGCGUCUUCUCCGGAUCCCUCAACAUCCUGCUGAAGUUCCUCAUCAGUAACUAUCACUUCAACUACCUGACGCUCAUCCAGCUGCUGACCAGCAGCACCGCGGCGCUCACUCUGGAGGUCCUGCGGCGGGGGGGGAGGGUCGGGGUCCCCCCGUUCAGCCUGCAGCUCUGCAAGGAGUUCGGCCCGGUGUGCAUCCUGUCCACGCUGCAGUCCACCCUCACCAUGUGGUCCCUGCGCGGCCUCAGUCUUCCCAUGUACGUCGUGUUCAAGCGCUGCCUGCCGCUCUUCACACUCAGCAUCGGCGUGUGCGUGCUGAGGAACGGCGGGCCGUCCGUCGGCGUGGUGAUUGCCGUGAUCAUCACCACCGGUGGAGCCGCGCUGGCCGGCGCCGGUGAUCUGACUGGCGAUCCCUUUGGUUACGUCACCGGCGUGCUGGCGGUCAUCAUCCACGCCUCCUACCUGGUGCUGAUUCAGAAGACCAGUCUGGACAGCGAGCACGGACCCCUCACCGCGCAGUACGCCAUCGCCGUCAUGGCCUCCCCGGUGCUUCUCGUGUGCUCCCUCAUCUCCCUGGACACCGUCAACAUGUGGUCGUACGAGGGCUGGAAGGACCCUCACAUCACCGUCAUCUUCGUCUCCUGUGUCUUCAUCGGCUGCGCCAUGAACUUCACCACGCUGCACUGCACCUACAUCAACUCCGCCGUCACCACCAGCUUCGUGGGCGUGGUGAAGAGCAUCGCCACCAUCACCGUCGGCAUGCUGGCGUUCAGCGACGUCUCGCCCACGCGGCUGUUCAUCGGCGGCGUGGCCGUCAACACCGUCGGCUCCGUCACCUACUGCGUGGUCAAGUACUUUGAGACGAGGAAGAAGAGCCUGUACGAGGACCUGGAGGAGGCCGAGAAGGACGGAGCGCCGCCCGGCGAGCCUCACGGAGACAAACCGGGUCUGAACGGGUCUGACCCGGGACGGGCGGAGACGGAGGGAGCGGCGUGGACGGAGGGCGGGGAGGCGGGCGCUGACUCCCGAGUAAUGACGGAGAAGGAGGCGCUGGAGAUGCAGAGGGAGCACCUCCACAGGCAGAACACCACCUCCGGUCCGUCGGCCAGCGACAGCUACGUCGGGGUGUGGAGGUCCAUCAGACACCUGCAGUUUGCCAAGAAAGACCCUCUGAUGGACCACAUGGAGCAGCAGAGUCCGUAGGAGCAGAGACCUGGACACAAGAAGACGUGAGGGAACGAGAACACGAAGAAGAAGGGGAUUUGUGAACGCGGCUCUUCUGACAGUCAAAUUCAAUCACGCGACGCUUGAAGAGCAACGAGGACUCAGGGGACAGGAAGUCCUGUUUUGGUUCCUGGGGGAGAAAAACAGGAUUUGGAGUUUUGGCGAGAAGCUGCCUGUCCCCGUGGCGUCCGGUGGGAGGAUGAUUCAGUCUGCGCCGAUUGAAAAAAGUGCAUCUUGUGCGAACUGAGGCAAAGCGAAUGCUUGUUUCUGAUUGGCUGGUGUGAAUAAACAGCAUGCGCUGGUUACGAAAUGCUGACGGACGCUCGUCUCCGCUGUCCGGAGGUCUGCUGCCGAUUCUCCCUUCAUGUCUCUGUCAUGUCUCCAUCAUGUCUCCGUCAUGUCUCUGUUCAUGUCUCCCUUCAUGUCUCCGUUCAUGUCUCCAUCAUGUCUCUGUUCAUGUCUCUGUUCAUGUCUCAUCAUGUCUCUGUUCAUGUCUCCCUUCAUGUCUUUGUUCAUGUCUCCGUCAUGUCUCCAUCAUGUCUCCCUUCAUGUCUCCAUCAUGUCUCCAUCAUGUCUCCCUUCAUAUCUCCAUCAUGUCUCUGUUCAUGUCUCCCUUCAUGUCUUUGUUCAUGUCUCCGUUCCUGUCUCCAUCAUGUCUCUGUUCAUGUCUCAUCAUGUCUCUGUUCAUGUCUCUGUUAAUGUCUC